AUGGCAGUCCACUCGGCUCUCCGUGCCUGGCUCGAAGAUUUGCAUAUUGCGGGGAUAGAUCUGGAGGAGUAUGGUAAGGCUACAAAAGCAGUGUUUGUCGACACUGGUAUCUUGCAGUCUAGGGUGUGGCCGGUGGAACCGAUGUGUUUACCAGUACAGCCGGAGUUCGAAUAUGUGUGGAAGGAUAUCAUCUAUGGGCCAUACCCUAGGGAUUGGUUGCUUGUAUUUGAGUGGGAUAUCGCUUGGGAGGACUUUUUAAGGGAUUUCUGGGAAUGGAUUGAGAACCCUCCCAUGAACAUUCCUGGCUCUUGGAUAGAUUAG